AGAGAUAAAAAUUGGGAUUUGCCAGCAAGAUUGGCACGAAACUCGAGCAGAGGACAUCUGUAGGAGUUGUCUCGUAGUCUUUCGAUAAGAGAAGAAGAAAUGGGUUCAAUGUUCAGUGGAAACAGGAUGAGCAAGGAAGAGAUGGAGGUGGUGGUGAACAAGGCUAAAGAGAUCGUCUCUGCUUACCCCGUUGUUGUCUUCAGCAAGACAUACUGUGGUUAUUGCCAGAGGGUGAAGCAGUUACUGACACAGCUAGGAGCAACUUUUAAAGUACUUGAGCUCGAUGAAAUGAAUGAUGGAGGUGAGAUCCAAUCAGCUUUAUCAGAGUGGACUGGACAGAGCACAGUCCCAAACGUCUUCAUCAAAGGAAAACACAUCGGUGGAUGCGAUAGAGUGAUGGAAACCAACAAGCAAGGCAAACUUGUGCCUCUACUUACUGAAGCUGGGGCAAUUGCCACUAACUCUUCUCAACUUUGAUGAAACUCAAAACUAGUGUGUCGAAAAGACAAAAAGAAGUGAAGAGUGUGUGUUGUGUUUAGAUCAUGGAAAAAGGAGGUAUCGUCACAUAACUCAAUAAAGAAAGAUCCUUCCCGUUGUGUAAUACAGAACAUCUAAGUUUUCUCUUCAUGUUGAUGUUUCGGUUAAUGGAAUAAAACUUGAGUGAUCUG